UCCUGUGUGCCAGGACGCCAUCAGGACAGGCAGCAGACAAACCUCCAACAUGAACGACAUCUACAAGGCAGCGGUUGAGCAGCUGACUGAUGAACAGAAAAAUGAGUUCAAGGCUGCCUUUGACAUCUUUGUCCAAGAUGCCGAGGACGGUUGCAUCAGCACCAAGGAGCUGGGGAAGGUGAUGAGGAUGCUGGGCCAGAACCCCACACCCGAAGAGCUGCAGGAGAUGAUUGAUGAGGUGGAUGAAGACGGGAGUGGAACAGUUGAUUUUGAUGAAUUUCUGGUCAUGAUGGUGAGGUGCAUGAAGGACGACAGCAAAGGGAAAUCAGAGGAGGAACUGGCGGAGCUGUUUCGCAUGUUUGACAAAAACGCAGACGGUUACAUUGACCUGGAGGAGCUGAAGACAAUGCUGGAGUCCACAGGAGAGGCGAUAACUGAGGAUGACAUCGAGGAGCUGAUGAAGGAUGGAGACAAGAACAAUGACGGCAAAAUUGACUAUGAUGAGUUCUUGGAGUUCAUGAAAGGAGUGGAAUAAACCAAAGCAAGAGAAGAUCCAGAGUGUAUUUUUGUAUUUCUCUGUGGAAAACUGGACUUGGAUUGAAACAAUGGAACGACUUUGCAAGAUUCAGUCAGACACUGUAGCUGAAUGUUGGCAUUUUCCUACCAACUCUUGCAUUGUUGUAAAUACAGUUUGUAACUACUUUAAAUGCCCAGUGUACAUUAAAUUUGUGUAAAUGUAUCCAAAUGACUUAUAUUUUCUAUAGCGGUCACAUA